AUGAAGUACACUCUUUCAGCACUUUCCAUGCUAGCCAUGGCUGUGGCUCAGCAGGUCGGCACCGAACAGCCUGAGACUCAUCCCAAGCUGAGCUGGCAGAGGUGUACUUCUUCAUCAUGCUCGAACGUCAACGCUGAGGUCGUCAUCGACGCCAACUGGCGCUGGGUUCAUGGCGUUGGCGGAUACCAAAACUGUUACGAUGGAAACUCGUGGACUGGAUUAUGCACGACCGGAGACAACUGCGCCCAGACUUGCGCUGUCGAAGGAGCCGAGUACGGCGGUACCUACGGCGUCUCGACCAGUGGCAAUGCCAUGACUCUAAAGUUCGUUCAGGAGCACCAAUACGGUAAGAAUAUCGGCUCUCGUAUGUACCUCAUGAACGGAGACAGCAAGUACCAGACCUUCCAGCUCCUCAACAACGAAUUCGCUUUCGACGUCGACCUGUCCAGUGUCGAGUGUGGCAUGAACAGUGCUCUAUACUUCGUUGCCAUGAAGGAGGACGGCGGUCUGUCUUCGGAGCCUAAUAACAAGGCGGGAGCCAAGUACGGGACUGGCUACUGCGACGCGCAAUGUGCUCGCGAUCUUAAGUUCAUUGGCGGCAAGGGCAAUGUCGUAGGCUGGGAGCCUUCUGAGACCGAUGACAGUGCCGGUGUCGGCAACAUGGGCGCCUGCUGCGCCGAAAUUGAUGUCUGGGAAUCCAACGCCUACGCGUACGCUCUGACUCCCCACCCUUGCGAGAACAACAACUACCACGUCUGCGAGGGUUCCAACUGCGGCGGCACCUACUCCGAGGAUCGCUACGGCGGCGGCUGCGAUGCCAACGGUUGCGACUACAACCCGUACCGCAUGGGCAACCCUGACUUCUACGGCCCCGGAAAGACCAUUGACACCACCAAGAAGUUCACCGUCAUCACCCGCUUCUCUCCAGACCGCAUGUAUCAAGUCUUCAUUCAGGACGGAACAACCAUUGAAGUACCCGGCGCCAAGUGGGCAGGUGUGCCCGAGACCUCAGAGAUCACGCCCGAGUACUGCGAGCGCCAGUUCGCUGUCUUCAACGAGCGAGACCGCUUCAACGAGGUCGGCGGAUACCCCCAGCUCAACGCCGCGCUCAACAUUCCCAUGACUCUUGUGAUGUCCAUCUGGAGCGACCACUACGCCAACAUGCUCUGGCUCGACUCCACCUACCCGCCCGAGAGGGCUGGAGAGCCCGGCACCGAACGUGGACCUUGCGCCCCGACUUCUGGUGUCCCCGCCGAAGUUAUCGAGCAGUUCCCCAAUUCGCAGGUUGUCUGGUCCAACAUCCGCUUUGGCCCCAUUGGCAGCACCUACGCUGUCUAA